AUGGACGCGGAGCAGCUCCUAACGUACAUCUACACCUGCCUCCCCGAGCCGCCAGUCUACGACACCGCUCGCCUCGCCGCCCGCCGUGCCGCCCCCUACCACGGCGUCGACCGCAUCAGCGGCCUCUCCGACGCGCUCCUCCACGACAUCGUCUCCCGCCUCCCCUUCAAGGACGCCGCGCGCACCGCCGUACUCGCCACGCGCUGGCGCCGGGUCUGGCUCUCGGCCCCGCUCGUCGUCGUCGACACCCACCACCUGGACCACUGGCCCCCGACUCGCGCCGACGCGCCGGCCGUCACCGCCGCGGUGUCGCGCGCCCUCGCCGCGCACCCCGGGCCCUUCCGCUGCGUCCACCUCGUCUCCAGCCACAUGGACGGGUACCCGGCCCAGCUCAAGCGCUGGCUCCGUCUCCUCGCCGCCAAGGGAGUCCAGGAGCUCGUCCUCGUCAACCGCCCCUGCCCGCGCCAGGUGCCUCUCCCCGGCACACUCUUCCGCGUGGCCACCCUCACCCGCCUCUACGUCGGCGUCUGGAAGUUCCCGGACGCGGCCUGCCUCGGCGACGCCUCCUUCCCCAACCUCCGCGAGCUCGGCAUCUUCAGCGUCGCCAUGGAGAAAGGGGACAUCGAAGCCGUCGUCGCCAGGAGCCCCGUUCUCGAGAUCCUCAACAUUCAAGGGAGCGUCAAGGGGUUGGGUCUCCACCUCAUCAGCCAGAGCCUCCGAUGCGUGCAGAUCUGCGAUUCCGUGAUGGAGAACAUCGUCGUGGUGGACACCCCGCGUCUCGAGCGGCUCAUCCUGUACAAGGUCCGGGGAUCUCUCAACCCUGCCAGUGUCCUGCGGACCGGGAUCAAGAUUGGCAAUGCCCCCAAGCUGGAAAUGUUCGGGUAUCUGGAGCCAGGAAAGUACGUGCUUCAGGCCGGAGACACCAUCAUCAUGCCCGGGAUGAAGCCAAGCGCAAGCACUAUGUUUACGAGCGUGACUAUCCUGAGCCUGAAUGUCCGUUUUGGAGUCCACGAUGAUGCCAAUAUGGUGGCUACCUUCCUAAAGUGCUUUCCCAACGCAUCGAGUCUGCAUAUCAGGUGUGAACAAUGUGAUGAACCCGCUGGGAAGCUCGUACUUAAGUUCUGGGAGGAGGUUGGUCCCAUCGUGAGUGUCAUGUUGCGCAUAGGGGUGAUGACUAUCCGUGAAUUCCGAGGGGAGGAGGGCGAGAUGGCUUUUCUCAAGUACUUCUUCACGAACGCGAGGGAGCUGAAGUAUGCGGCGAUAAUCUUCCCCAAUCCAAGCUUCUCUUCAAUUUCAAAGAACGAUGCAUGCUCCAAAGCAAACUAUCUGACCUCUCUGAACUGGGCCACUCAAGGCUGCGGAUUCAUGGUGUAUGGGAGUUCAGAUCCUGAAGGAGGCAGACCGUGGUGCUUCAAGACCGGAGCAAUUUUUUCGCGUGACCCUUUCUCGUGGUGA